UGCUUUUGCUCUUCUAUCUUCUUUGUGAUUUUUUUUUACCACCCCUCAGUAGCUUACUGUUUUUCAAAAACCGAGAGGAAUGUAAUUCAGUUGCUGAUAGUACAUAGCUGCGUUGGAAACUUAGGUUGUGAAAAUUAGCCAGGGUUCAUUUGGGACAGUUUUUUUCCUAUUUGUUAAAGUGACUUUUUAGUUAAAAAAAUAAAUUUUUUUAACUAGAAAGCUAUUUUAAGAAGUUGUAAGAUAGCCGUGGCAAACGAAGCCUUGGUAUGUGCGGUUUCCGGAGAGUUUGUGGAAUCGGGGUAAGCGUGAGGUUGCAGUUCUAGUUUAGCGCAGAUUAAUCCAUCGAAUGAGAUUUGGUGAGGGCGUGGGCAAAGGCUUCGGGAAGCGCUGAUGAUUAACACGGGUAGCGAUCUGGCUUAACAAACAUACGUGGUUGUUUCGUAAUCAGUAAGGUUGGCUUGUUUGUGAUGGGUCUCGUGGAGAAGGCUUCACACGAAUAUGGUGGCUUCAUGCGCGGAUGGUGUAGAUGGUUUCAAAUGGUGAUGUGGAUCUCAAACGGGCAUCAAAGCGACCUGACUUGAAGGCGAUAUCCAAGACUUUUUUUCUUGACUUUGGUGCUAGAAUUUUGGGAUGAAGUCAAAUGGUUCUAUACUCUACCCCGAAAAAAGGAUUGGUCAUCUUCCCGGUAUUGGUGUUGGAGAUCAAUUUUUUUCACGGGCGGAAAUGGUUGUUCUAGGCAUACAUAGUCAUUGGCUUAAUGGUAUUGAUUACAUGGGUGAGAAAUAUGCAAAAUUGCUACAAAGCCUCAGUUACACCUUUCCAGUUGCAGUCUGCGUUGUGUUGUCUGGCAUUUAUGAAGAUGAUUUGGACAAUUCAGAAGAUGUCAUUUAUACUGGGCAGGGGGGUAAUGAUUUAUUGGGUCGGAGACAUCAGAUUCAGGAUCAGAAGAUGGAACGUGGCAACUUGGCUUUAAAGAAUAGUAUGAUAUGUACUGUUCCUGUAAGAGUUAUUCGUGGGCAUGAAUCGACUAACAGUUACUGUGGGAAAGUUUAUACCUAUGAUGGGUUAUACAAGGUUGUAAAAUAUUGGGCAGAAAAAGGUGUUUCUGGGUUCACAGUUUUUAAGUACCGUCUGUGUCGGCUUGAAGGGCAACCGACUCUUACUACUAAUCAGGUUUACUUCUCCCGCGCACAAGUUCCUUCGUCAAUUUCAGAACUACGGGGAUUGGUAUGUGACGAUAUUAGUGCAGGGCAAGAGAAUUUUCCCAUCCCAGCCACUAAUGUAGUAGAUGGUCCUCCUUUUGGCCCUUCUGGUUUUGUGUAUAGCAAGUCAACCAAACUUGCAAAAAAUUUGAAACUUCCAUCAGUUGCUUGUGGUUGCAAGUGUAAAGGAGAAUGUGUUGAUCCAAGAAGUUGUUCUUGUGCAAGACUUAACGGAAAUGACUUUCCAUAUGUCCGCAAGGAUGGGGGCCGAUUGGUUGAAGCAAAAGCUGUUGUCUUUGAAUGUGGUCCUCAUUGUGAAUGCCGAUCUACCUGUGUAAAUAGGACUUCUCAAAAUGGUCUCAGAUAUCGGCUCGAGGUUUAUCGUACCACAAAAAAGGGUUGGGCUGUAAGAUCCUGGGAUACAAUACCCUCUGGUGCACCAGUAUGUGAAUACACAGGAAUCUUGACGAAAACAGAGGAUAUUGAUUCUGUUGUCGAGAAUAACUAUAUCUUUGAUAUUGAUUGUUUGCAGACAAUUAAAGGCCUUGAUGGAAGAGAGAGGCGUCCGGGUGAUUUAUCUUCUCUUAUUGAUUUGGAUGAGAAGAAAUCUGAAGCACCAGAGUAUUGCAUUGAUGCGGGCUCUAUUGGCAGUGUUGCACGCUUUAUUAAUCAUAGCUGUUCUCCAAAUCUUUUUGUUCAAUGUGUGUUGAGCCAACAUCAGGACAUUAAAAUGGCAAAGAUAAUGUUGUUUGCUGCUGAUAAUAUACCUCCACUGCAGGAACUCACAUACGACUAUGGAUACGUGCUUGAUAGCGUAGUUGGAGUUGAUGGAACUCUGAAGAAGUUGCGUUGUUUUUGUGGUUCUUCUGACUGCCGAAAAUGGCUGCAUUAAUCAUUUUCCUGCUUCAUGUUUUUGCAUUGGAAUGGUGGUUGCAAUUUUGUGUUGGUUGCUUAUAUAUUUUGCCAUUUUCAUUACAGAGGAAUAGGCAGCAAACCACCUGAGGCAAAGUAUUUUGUACUCUCUAUCUGAACCAUUUGUGAACAUCAACUCUAUUAGAAGGUUAAGUAUAUGCCAAAGUUUUGUCA